GUGUUCUUUCAGAUGUGGCCGGUGUCUCCAGCUGCCGACGAGGCCCAGAAGCGAUGCUGGUUCAUCCGGGUCGUGCCGUUUUAAUCGGAGGAAGUUCCCCAACACAUCGCGGGGAGACUUGGAAGGAACGUCUGGAUAGAGCUCAGCGCGGCGACGAGUACGGCAGCGGGAGAGCUCUUGGUGUAUGCGGAGCUUUGGUGGUAAACGUGCGUGAUUGCACUGACGAACGCCCGCCGAGGGUAGUUGGUGGAAGUGGAGAAGUGGGGGCGGAUGGUGUGACAAGUGAUAAAGUUGAGGUAGUUGGUGAUAAGGUGAUAAGUGACACCAGUGGUGAGGCUGGAAAAGUCACUGGUGACGUGACGUGUGGUACACCAGCCAACGGGCUAAAUAGUGGUGUCGAGAAGGAAAAUAGUGGUGCCAACGGACUGAACAGUGAUUAUAGUGGACUUUUCAGCGGUCCAAGUAGAAUUCCCAGCAAUUCGGGAAGACUCUCCAGUAGUUCCAACAAGCACACCAGUGGUAUAGCGGCUGGUGCCGGCGCUUCCAGUACCAGUGCUGCUUACCAACCCUACAAGAACUCCAAUAAAUCACCGAGUGUGAGCCUCACAACAUACCCUACCGCUACAAACGAAAGCGAUCUUCCGGGUCAUCACAAACGUUAUAUCGCCGGGAGGCGUUCCCCUUCAGACCAACGCUCUUCCUCUAAUUCUUCUUCUUCCUCUUCUUCGUCCUCAUCUUCCUCAUCUUCGUCUUAUACGACGCUCUCUGAAGACCGAACCUCAUCCAUCGCCGACAUCAUGAACCUCACGUUCGUUCCAAACUCCCGCACCGAUCCCUCGGUGGGCAAAUCCGGUCGGCCGAAACUCUGGGGGCCUCGCGCGGCUCUACAACUUCAGCAUCAGCGCCAGGCCGUGUUGGAGAGCGUGGUGCAGCGCGUAAGACCGCCGGCGUUCCAGCGCAGUGUGUCCUUAGACCCAGGGAGAGGUCGACAAACUCUUCAGGAGAUGUGGGAGGAAGAGAGUCAACAGAGACCUCUGCAUCAGACCGCUUCGGCAGAUCACCUUGCUGAUGUGGUUGAUGAUGAUGAAGCUGCUGAAGACGAGGCGAGGGACCGUGUGGUGGCUUUCAGACCAAUGGGCGAGUGGAGGAGACAUCGCGCACCAAGAAGUGCUGGACAGACAGCGUUAGCUACACGACGCCUCGCUUCAGUGACAGACCAAGCUGCAUUAGUGGAGGAAGCUCCCGCCACUCGACGAAGAAGUCCUCGAGAGAACGCUCGUGAGGGUAGCACCCCAGCGGUUGUGGUAGACUCUGCUGUCACUCAUCUAGACACCUCCAGUGAUGUAGAAGAACAUGAUGAACUCGGUUCUCAAUCUCCACGACGUGCGUCACCUCCUGGUGUAGCCCAAUACGAAGAGCGAGGUCCACAGUUCUCCCCGCAGUAUCGGCUCAACUCUGAAGUUCGCAUGGAGCAUGAGCUUCGUGAUCGAGGCAUCACACCACGUCCGGGAGAUCUCAAGUUUUCGAGGUCGCGAGUGAUCAAACGGAGACUCGUGGCAGCUGAAGGAGGUGACGACGUUGAUGAAGAUGCUGCUGUACGGAGGGGUGAGAAAGAUUUGGCAAACUCGACGGCGCUACGGCCUGAGGUAACGCGAAGCCGAGGGAGUAGUAACAACAGCAACAACAGCAGCAGCAGUAACAACAGCAGUCACCUCAGUAAUGGUAGUGGUGCUAGGAGCAACGAUUACAGUCGUGAGGACGUAUCCACAGAUGUAGACGAUCCCGCUCCUGAGCUUCACUGCCAUGGAGUUGGUGCUCGUAAGCAGCUCUAUGCUACCAACUGGUCUACGCUUCACGCGUCUCUUCAGGACCUCCGCGCAACCGCAAACGAACGACGCGCGCCCCCACCACCUCCACCAACUCGGAGGAGGUACGAGGGCUCUGUGAGCCUUCCUGGGAAACCGGCGGUGGUCCAGACUUCUCUUGAGAGCACAACAACACAAGAGGAAACAUCGGAGAGUGUCAGCUCUCUUCAGAGAUUGGCGGCUCUUGCGUCGGGGAGUGAAAGCGGAGAAGUGACGGCUGGAACGCUCAUUCCGAGGCCGAAGCUGAUCCCGGAUGUGCACCAAUAUGGGAGGAAACGACGGACUGGAAAUCUAUUCCAGUAUGCACAGGGCCAAGUCGAGGUCUCCAAAGAUGGGAGGACCCUCAGUCAGAUGGGACCGGGGAAGGUGUUUGGAGAGCUGGCCAUACUCUACAACUGCCAGAGGACGGCCACCAUCAAAGCGGCCACCGACUGCAAGCUGUUUGCCAUCGAGCGGCAAUGUUUCCAAACCAUCAUGAUGAGAACUGGCCUUCAAAAGCAGGCAGAGUACACGGCCUUCCUGAAGAGCGUGCCAAGCUUCCAGAACCUGCCAGAAGAAACUGUCAUCAAGCUGGCCGACGUUCUAGAAGAGACGUACUACAGUCAGGGCGACUACAUCAUACGACAGGGAGCCCGCGGAGACACCUUCUACAUCAUCAGCCGGGGACGGGUCAACGUCACCAUGAGGUCACCCGACUCGAUGGAGGAAAAGCUGAUCCGAACGCUCGGAAAAGGAGACUUCUUCGGCGAGAAAGCGCUCCAGGGUGAGGAUAUUCGCACUGCCAACAUCGUGGCCGACGACCCCGACGGCGUGGCCUGUCUUGUCAUCGAUCACGACACGUUCGAUCAGCUCAUCAGCAGACUGGAGGAGGUCAAGAACCGAUAUGUUGACGAGAGUCAGCUCAGAAAACAAAUCAACCGCGAGUUUGCUGACGUCAAGCUCUCGGAUCUGGCGGUGAUUGCCACGCUCGGAGUCGGAGGGUUCGGACGGGUAGAGCUGGUUCAGAUGGUACACGACAAGUCUAGGUCGUUUGCACUGAAACAGAUGAAGAAAGCACAGAUUGUGGAGACGCGUCAGCAGCAGCACAUCAUGUCCGAAAAGGAGAUCAUGGAAGAAGCCAACUGCGAUUUCAUCGUCAAGCUGUACAAGACGUUCAAGGACAGGAAGUACCUCUACAUGUUGAUGGAGUCGUGUAUGGGAGGAGAACUGUGGACCAUACUCAGGGACCGAGGCAACUUUGACGACGCCACAACACGCUUCUACACCGCCUGCGUAGUGGAGGCGUUCGACUAUCUGCACGCACGAGGGAUCAUCUAUCGCGAUCUCAAACCCGAGAACCUGCUGCUCGACAACAGGGGCUAUGUGAAACUGGUGGACUUUGGGUUCGCCAAAAAACUGCUGGUCGGCCGGAAGACGUGGACUUUCUGUGGAACUCCGGAAUAUGUGGCGCCAGAGAUUAUCCUGAACAAGGGUCACGACAUCUCAGCCGACUACUGGUCGCUGGGAGUACUGAUGUUUGAACUACUCACUGGAACGCCACCAUUCACCGGACCCGACCCCAUGAAAACCUACAACAUCAUCCUGAAGGGGAUCGACGCCAUUGAGUUUCCUCGCAACAUCACCCGAACCGCCACCGUGCUCAUCAAGAAACUGUGCAGAGACAACCCGGCCGAGCGACUGGGGUACCAGAAGGGCGGCAUCCGGGACAUCCAGAAACACAAGUGGUUCGACGGCUUCAACUGGGAAGGUCUGAUCGGACGGACCCUGACACCCCCCAUCAUCCCGCACAUCAGGUCCGUGUUGGACUCGUCCAACUUUGACGACUACCCUCCUGACUCGGAGCCGCUGCCCCAAGACGAUCUCUCCGGAUGGGACGCCGACUUCUAAACGGCAGACGACUGCUCAGCAUGGGCCUCACAGCGGCUGCCAUCUUGGAAACUACCGCCAUCUUGGAAAACUGCCCCGCUGCGUCCGCCAUCUUGGACUGCCUCUUCGCGGACGAUGUUUUGUGUCAGUCUGCUAUGGUGGGUUCUUACUUCUUUGUGCAAGUGGACGCCAUUUUGAGAUGCGGCACAGUGGCGGCCAUCUUGGUCGGGCCUUGUGUUGUGGCAGUGUGAAGUAGUUUCUGGGUGAUCGGGCUUCACUUGGCGUUUCUACCACUCACUCCGUCCGCCAUGUUGAGUGAGGCCCACCGUGUGGCGGCCAUCUUGUGUCAGGCCCACCUACGGCGGGCGCCAUGUUGUUUGUGUGCGUGCGUGCGUUGUGUCAGGCAGGACCUUCAGGAAGGGAAACGGCAAUCAUAAAGCGUUGUUGACCUCUGCGCUCAGACGCAUGUUCUCGCCCCUUACGUCCGCUUAGUGCUCCCAAGACUCCGAGUCGUUCUAUGUGGGAUCAUGACUCUUUGGUGCGACUCUGCGCUCGAGUCGUAACUGUGACUCGAGUCAGUCGUUGGCGUUUGACUGAGGAGUCCAUGUGGUGGGGACUCAAAGAGAACUAUAUCCGACGCGGGAAUAAGAUUGAGUGUCGCUCUGUGACGUCAUCGGUGGUGCUCAGUGCUGGACGGUGAUUGGUGGAUGGGUGAUGACGUCAGCUUGGGGUCUACCAGAAGUGGUGGAACAACAGAUAUCUAUCUAUAGCCUACUAUGUGUUACACCAGAAACCAUCGACCGGCUCCGCUGCUCACCAAUGACUAUGGUAACUAGUUAACUGAAGUGUGCGAUCGACUUUUGGAGGUAAAACACUCUGACUGAAUGAAGCUUCCCAUUCAACAACAAAGACCCUCACUGUACCCGCAACCACGUAUGACAAUAACCCAAACACUUUGCAUAGACAAUGCCCAGCACUGGUCUUCGCUCUCGUGUUGUUUACUCCUUCACUACACCCCAAAACGGUGUAUUACACCAUACAAUAACAGAAAAUACUGUGCAGGGGUGUACAUACCUAUCGAGUAUCCGAUCGCCGUUGUGCCUUACUCUCGGAUGACGUCAUCUGUGACGUCAUGUGAGGAGGUCGUAUACGUACUCUGGGUGUUCUAUGCGGUGUAAUUUUGACAAGUUGGGGAGGGGUGAGAUUGUUGUUGGGAGACGUUAGUAGCAGGUUCAAUACACUCUAACAGAACA